CGAUGUACCGCUAUGCGCUCGGCGUCGGUUUCCGCCAUUUUAGUUGCGGCUUUCGUCAACGUCCUCUUUACCGUGACGUCGUAUUGAAAUUUUCGUUCUGCGGUUCGUCAAUUGUUUAGCGGUUCGAUCGUCUCAUACUGAAGCGUUCACUUAGUAGCCAUCACCGAGUCCGAAUUCUGUGUAUUCAGUGACGCCGGAAUCCAAAUUAAACAACGCAAAUUUCGUAAGUAUAUUAUAACAUUAUUUACAUGCCGCUCGCUUGGACUCUCCGCCAACGCGUGACCGGCACCGUGAACACGUCGAGUAUUUUCCCACGAUCUAUCGGGUUAGUGAAGAGUCGGCAUUAUAUUUCAUUGGCGUUUGUUUUCACGAACAAUAAUGAUUGUUGACGUUCGGACCGUCAGUCCGUUUAACUGCACAAAUCUCAUGGUCUAAUUUCGCAAUAUGACAAUAAUUAGGUAGCCUACACCACCCCCUCUUUACCGGUUAUCGGCGCUGAUUUGUAAACGAUUCUUUUUAUUUAUUAUGUAUAUUCAUUAAUCAUUGGCCGUAACUAGUAAGUCAGCGUACAACUCAUAAUUACACAAAUCGACCAUCAUUACUGAUACUUGAUAGCUAACGACGCGCUUAACAUACAGUAAUAAUGGUCGUUAUAACUGGGUUUGUUUUUGUUGACCAUUGUCUUGUAAAUCAUCGUCAUUAAAUAUGUGUUGAUCUGACCUAUAACUUCCACAUUAAUGUUUGAGGUCUCUAGUCAUUUUUACCCGUUUUCGGUUUUUUUUCUAUUAACAGCUAUACAAGUAUGCCAUUAUAUGCUUUCUUUUCUUUUUUUUACCUGAAUCAUUAAAUUGUAUACAUAUUUAUUAAUAAGCUAUGUGAUUGUAUUUGUAUUCAAAAUUGAGUAAUGGUAAAUGUCGCAUUUUAUGCUGAUAGUUAUAAAUAGGGUUAGGAUGCUAGUGCACUAAAAAAUAUAUACGUUUAUAUGUAUUAAUGCUCUUAAAAACAGCUAAAUAUGCAUUUAAAAAUAAAGAAAUGUGUUCGCAAAUCAUGCAAUAAAUAUAGACAAAUUUGUUUACAAUAGUAUAUAAACAAAUUGGGUACCUACCUAUUUUGUUAUCGUUUUAUUAAUUAUUUAAUUUACAUAUUAUUACUGUGUUAAAAUAAAUAUGUCACAAUCGAUCUAUGAAUUUCAUUUAAGUAGGUACCUUCACUCCGUUUGCCCAUUUCAAAUUCUUAACAAUAAAUAAGUGAUAAUUUGUAUACAAUCUUUAUAAAAUACAAAUAGUCAAACUUUUAUUAGAUUUAGUUAAUAAAAUAUAAAAUUAUAUUAUUUUUAUUACAAUAUUAUUUGUUUGAUAGGUAUUACACAUAUUGUAAUUUCAUACAUAUAUAUGUGUAUAUACAGUCAAAUUCCUGUAUAACGAUGCCGUAUAUAACAAUAUUCCGGGUAAAAUGAUUCCAAUCAAUGUAUUUGGUUGGUUUUAUAUGUUUUAUAUAAUACUUUUAUUCGUAUAUAACGAUAAUCCGGAUAUAGUGAUGUUAUUUUAAAACGAAAAUUGGUUUUUAUAAUCCAUAGCAAUUAAUAAUAUGCAAUAUGCGAUUAAUAAUAAGCAAUUAAUAAUUUUUUUUAUCAAGAGCUCAUUUAUUUAAUCCAGGUCUGAAUACUGUUUGAUACCUAACUUAAUAUUUUUACUAACUGUUAUACAUUUUAUAUUACAGUUAGUUUUUUAAAAUAACAUGGCACUAUCUAUCAUUAUUUCAGAGGUUUAUCAACAAGCACCAAAUAUUGUAAUAUUAAUUUCAAGUAUGUAGUCUGUUCUUUUUGUAUAACAAAUACAAUAUUGUAUUUACAACAUUUUUUUUUUUUUUGUCACAUAUUCUCAUAAUUUGUUCUUAAAUGUUUUUAGAUCCUUGAGGUAAAAAUUCAUUUUUUUUAGUUUAGUUAUUUUAGAAAAUUUAAGUUCAUAUUGAAAUAGAACCAAAAGAAAAACUAUAUCAUGUUUGAAUUCUAAUUUUAUUACUUACAGAUAAAGAAUAUCAAAUGAUUUCUAGUUUUUAAAACUACUGAUAUUUUAUUUAUAUAUAUAUAUAUAUAUGUACUUAGUAAUAACAUUUAUAGUAAUAAAAUAUAAUAUUUUAAACAAUUAUUUAGAUUAUGUAAUUUGUAUUCUAAACAUUAGGUAAUUAUCAAAAAUUAAUUUGCAUUAAAGUUAUUACAUGAUAAGUAUUUUUUAAUAAUUGUAUUUCAUUUACAGAAAAAUGUCUUACAAUCGUAGAAGUGGUGGUAGUUAUGGAGGCGGUGCUGGUGGAAACUUUGGCAAUUCUUACAGCCAAGGUGGUAAUAAUUACAGUGGUUCAGGAAGUUAUGGAGGCAGUGGUGGUGGCAAUUACAGUGGAGGCGGCGGUGGCCGUUUUAAUAACUUCAGCAACUAUGGUAGGAAUCCUAAGAUGAGCCCUUGGGAAUCUGGUGUAUCUCCAGGAGGUGGAAUGAUGCCAAAUGUUCAUCCAAAUCAAAUGGCACUUGCAAGUGACUUAUUGUCAAAACUUUUAGCUCCUAAUCAGGUAUUUGAUAGUAGUUUUGUAAAUAGUACAUAUAAUACUAUGCAAAUUUAACCAUAGAAAAAUGUAAAUAUGUUGUGUUAUCCCUCUAAUUUUGAUAUGAAGUCAUUGAAUCAAAUUUAAAUAUUUCAGGGCGGAUAUGGAGGCAGUCAAAAUUGGGGCCCAAAUCCUGGAAUGAUGAGAAGACAGGAAUCAUUUAAGGUAAAAUUAGGUUUCAUUUCAAAAACAUAGUAUAUACGAUUUUAGUCACUACACAAUAAUUAUAUUUAAAGAAAAAAAAAAAAUUUGAUAGGUUUUAAAAUAAUCCUAAUAGUACCUAUUAGGGAAUUAUUUAUAAUAGGUUUUUGUACAGUAUUUAAACAUAUUUAUAUAGUACUUGUAUAUCUUAAUUUUCUAUAAUAAUGAUUUCGAUUUGCCAAUUACUUUUACUGCUGAGCGUUUUAGCUAAUCUGAGUUUGGCCUGUUGCCGUUGGCAAUUUGAAUUCUGGAGCUGGCUGAUUCGUUUCGCUGGCAAUCGAAUUAUCGAACAAAUUUCAUAAUCUCAUCUGAGUUUGUUUUUCAUUUGUUGUGCUCUAUCGAAUCUCUCUGUUCCUGGCACAAUAAUUGAUUGGUUGUUUGAUAACCGCCAGAACCAAAACCGGCGCAGGCCUGAUAAUCGCAAUCGUAGACCUCCUCCAAAAAAGGACGAUAAGAAAAAGGAUUCUAAACCUGAAGCGGAUAAAAAUGAUCAGAGGUAAGGAUUCAUUUCAUAAAGUCUAUUAUUCCGGAUUUAUAUAAAUAUAUAUUUAUAUAUGUCUUCGCUGCUAUUUUUACAAGCAUUUGGCAACUUCUUCAUUUAAAUUAUUUUAUCCGCCCAUAAUUCCAUUCCAUUUUAUUGAAAUAUUAGACGAAUAGGAAUUAUUAUUUUCUACUAUUUUAACCCUUAUGAUUUGUACUCUUCUUUAUACAUAAUUUUGUAUUCUUUAUAAAAUUAAUACAUUUUAAUGAGUUCAAAUACCUAUUUUAUAACUCUUAUGUAAAAAUAAACCCUUAAGUAUAAGGAACAUCAAGUAAGUAUUUGUUAUGUUUGUGUAUAAACUACAAUUGGUUUGUAUUACUAUUUAUUUUAUUUAACUAAAUAUUUAUAGUUUUAGUAAUAAUAUACGGGGGUUUAUAUAUAAUUUAAGUUUUCUUUAAUUUAUGAAAAGUAUUGUUUAAUCUAGUAAUGUAAAAUUCCUGUAAAAAUUGUCUUAUAUAUUUUUCAAAAUUAGGGUCUGGAUUUAAUUGCCUUACAAUUUUAAAAAAUGCUCUAAUAUAGAAAUAAAACAUGAGUAUGAAAAAUAAUAAUUUCACUCUUGUGUAAUUGUUUGAACCCUGGUGAUAAGCAACAGUUCUUAACCAAUAUAAAAUGUUAUGGAAAUUUUAAAUAAAACUGAGCAAUCUGUACAAAUGAAGAUUACUUAUAACGUGUAAAACUCAAUUCAUUUGUUGAUAAUUUAUAGAAAGUAUUGUCUUAAAUUUCACUGCAUUGAAAUCUGGGCCCUAGUUAUAUUUUAUUGUAUGUCCUAUUAAAAUGGGUGAAUAACCCAUAAUUUUUGUUUCAACAGAAGUUGCAUAUCAAUUCCCAUUGUUAAUUUUAAAAUACUCGCUGCUUAAAUCACUAGUUAAAUCAAAAUAUCUAAUGUUCUGUACAAAUAUUCAAGUUUAAUUAAUUUGGUUAUUAUGUUAAAGUUCAUCAUUAUUUUGAAAUCUAAAUUGGAGAAAAGAAGCUGAUUUUUAAAAAAAUGUAUAUAUCUAGAGUACUAUACAAAUUUAUAUGUUGUUUUUUACUUCGAGAUUAUUUUUGUAAUCAAUUGAUUUUACUUUCGGUUCAUGGUACCCAAAUAAUUAUAUCCUUAUGCUGGUUGCAUAAGUGAUCAAUAACUGUAACUGAUUAUUUAAUUAAUAGGGAAUGGAUUUAUUUAAUAAGAAUAAUAAAUAAAUAUCAUACAGUUAUGCUAUUUUUAACAGUUUGCUAUUUUCUGAUGAUAUAAUCAUUACAUAAUUAUUUCCUUAUAAUUAUAUUUUCAAUAAACUUCUCCUUACAUUUGUUGUUUCUACAAUGGACAUCCAAAUGAGCCCACCUUGAAUCAUAACUAUUUAAAGAAGGUUUUUCUUGAUAAAUGUCUCAGAAAUAAUUUUUUUUAUUGCCAACUGCUUAGGCCCAUAUAUUUUUUUAUCAAGGUCAAUGUGAAAAACUGACUUUAUUUCUAGAUGUUGGUGUUUAUUAGAAGUUUUGUUUAGAUUUUUCAUAUAUUGUAAAUUAAAGACAGCUGAGGCUGGUUUUUCACAUACGACUAAAAGUAAAACUUUUAAAUAUUUUGUUCAGAAAUUUAUUAAUGUUGCAAAUAUUAUAUCAAUUACAUCUAAAAUUAUUCUAUUAGAAUUUGUGUUGGUACAAACAAUUAUAGCCAUUCAUAAACUAAAGACCUAUUGCUUUUCAACAAAUGUAAAUCGUUUAUAAAUAUAUACAAGAUUAGCUCUUAUAUUGCACUGGAAGGAUAGUCAGAAAGGUAGCUAAAAGUUUAAAUUGCAACAAUAUACUGAUAAAUGGCUGUUUACGUUCACUACGUAAUAUGGCAUAAAUAGGCAAAAUGAAAUGAUAACACCUGUUAAAAAUAUUUGCAAAUUAGUUAAAAUUGGUGUAAUUUUAAAUUUUUAAAAUUUCUAAUCAAAUUUUAAAGAUCUUACUAUAUAUACUAUAUGCAUUUAUAUAGUAAAUCCGUUCCCUACUAAUCGAUAACAAUUUCGAUAAAAUUAAUUUUACACUGUUGCUGUAACAGCUUUUAUCGAUUCGACAAAUAACCUUUUAAUUGAUAUAGAGUAUUGAAACAAUUCUCUAAUUUUAUUGAACUAAUACACAGUUUAUUUUUGAUAUUGUGGAUCUUUUUAAUUAUUUUAUAAUUUAACUAUGAAUCUAUAAAUAAAGCAUCUUCAUUAAAUUCUAUCAUUAAAAUUAUGAUUUCAAUAAAUUUAUGAAGAAAGAUUUAUGUAAUAAGGCUUUAUUUAAUAGAUACAAUAAUGUUCUAAAAUUUAUCUAUUCUAUAUCUGUAAGUUAUCAAACUGUAUAGAUCUUUUAUGUAACCUGUCAUUAGUAUGUAUUAUUUUAAUGUUGUAAUUGAUACAUUAAUUAUCUCUUAGAUUUUUUUUUUAUUAUUAUUGUAUUUAUAUUUUACUUCCGUGUAGACAAUUUUAACCAGUAAAAAUAAUUAUCUAAUUUUAAAUUAAAAUUUAUUUUGUUGAUAUACUUAUUGAUAUUAUUCUAUAUGUUGUUUAAAUAUAUGUAUUAUGGGAAGAUUUCUUAUGUUAUUUUUUUUAAAAAAAAAUUCUACGAUUACUUACUCAUUUUGAUGGUUUUAUAAUUUCUAAAAUAUAUUUGAAAAAUAUUUAUAUUAUAAAACUUCUUAAAAUAAGACAUCAAAGUAUUUAUAUUCAUGUAAAUUAUUAGAGUAAAAUAUUUUAAUAACAGCAUAAAUGAUGAGUUAAUCAUUUUAAAAUUAAAAUAGUAAUAAUACAAAUUUACAAGUUUAUAUACCCAUUUCUUAUUAAAAAUUAUUCUCUUUUCUGUCAAUUUUGUCUUUAAUGCUGCUAUGUCCUCCUCAGCUAUAGAUUGUAAACAAUUUUUGUACACAUUUUUAAUUGUACAAUAAGUUGAUAUAUCAUACAUCACUAUUUUUUAUAGAUAUACAAAGAAAAUACUUUGAAUGUGUAUUAAAUAAUUUAUUUUUAUUCUUAAUUUAGUAUUUUAAUAUUGAAUCAAUAUUGUGGACAUAUUUUUUAUAUCACUAAAAAUAUAAUAAUUUAUCUAGUUUAUUAAAUUAUGAUUUUGUCAAAUACUGAAAUUCUUAAUACAAUUAUAUAUAAGUAACUGUGGGUAUUUUGUUAUAAUAUAAGUUCAAUAAAGUGAUAUUUUUUUUUUUUUUUGUGAUUUGUUUAUACUUAAAACAUCAAAACUUAUUGAAGACAUAGUUAUAUUGUAUAUUUCGGAUUUUUUUUUUCUAAUUCAUUGUGUUACAUUUAUAUUUUCAUAACAAAAUAUUUAAAUAAGUAUUGUAUAGCAAAUAUUUCUAUAAAUUUAUAUUUCGUACUUAAAACUUUUUGGUGAUUCUACCAUAUUAUAUUAUAUUUUCGGGUUUAUAGUAUAUUGAUUGAUUUGUGUGAUUUUUUUUUUUUUCAUAUCAUUUAUUUUUAGGACACUACAAAACUACUAAUUUUCUACCUCCACUAGUUAAGUUUUCAAGAGUUGGAUAUUUGAAUUUUUUUUUUUCUAGAAAACAUAUUUAUUGAAAUUGCCAUUUAAAUGUAGGUUUUUUUUCGCUUAUUUCAUACACAAAUAUUGUGGUUUUAUUUUUUAUUUAAACAUUUUUGUUUUAUAUCUUGAAAUCCCUUUAUAUAAUAUUACUUUCACCAGUUGAUAUUUGUUUGUUUAAUUUUUUUUUUUUUUUUUCAAUUUUAGUAAUGAAGCUAAUGGUGGUAUAAAGAAAGAAACAAACCAAGUAAAUAUAAAUUAAAUUCAUAUAUAAUGAUAUCUUUAAUCAAUAUAUUUUAUAAUAUUUACCAUAGGAACAUAUAGAUUAUGAUGGUAUUCCAACUGCUGUGUUGUUCUGCCACGUUUGUCAAAAGCAUAUGUGGGAUGGUGCUGUAAGUAAUACUAUAAUACUCGGUGUAAUCAAAUGUAGCUGUUAUCAAAAUUAUUAUUUUAGUCUUUUGAAAAACACGUUCGUGGGCGUCCACACGAGUUGAUGAUGACAUAUUUGGACGAAGGAUACAAAAUGCAAGUUGAAUUAAUGCGUCAUCAGAUAAAAGCAGCUGAGAACCAACGAGAAAUUGAUUUAGAACGUAUGCAAGCUCAAAAUAAAGGAAAAGCAAAACCAUUGUUUCGCAAUUACUGCCCCAUGUGCAAUAUUAACUUCUAUGGGCCAUUAACUGGACAUCGCAAGAGUGAUCGUCAUCGUGUGAGUAUAUUAAUGAAUAUUAAAAUUACUUAAAGAUAAAAAAAUUUUAAUAUGCCUAAAACUAUUAUUUUAUAUAUUUCUGUAUUAAUUAAUGGUUUUUUUUUUAUUCUUAUAGAAAUUGAAGCAAUUCCUUCACCCUGAAUGUAAAAUGUGUGAUAUGUUGUUUCACACUCGUUUGGAAUGGGACGAUCAUAAAUUGUCUUCAGAUCAUUUGCGUAAAGUGGGAGAACAACGUCGUCAAUUUAAUCCUGAUCUUAAGGAUGAUGAAUUUGAAUUGCUUGAUGUGGUUAUAAUUGAAGAUGACGAACCGGAAGAGAUUCCUGUUGCUUCGAAACCUGAUAUGCUAGACGAUCAGGAAAUUAAAGAUGAUGAAAAGGAUUUGAAUGAAGUAUCUGAUGGCGAUGGAAUUAAAUUAGAAAAUACUGGGGCUACUGUAGAAGGUGGUGAUAAUGUUCUGGUAGAUGAUGUUGAAAUGAAGGAAGGUGAUACUGAAACGAAGGCGAAUGAAACUGAAGGUAUUGAAGAAAAGGGAGAGAAAGAUAAUAACAAUGCUAACGAAGAUCAGGCAGUUAUUAAGAAAGAAAAGGAAGAAAAAUAUAAUCCUGCUAAUGUAGUUGGUCGUGAACUAGUGGUUAAAACUGGAGGAUUUGUAUGUCGUAUUUGUUCAAUAUUUAUGAAGAACAAUGAAGAAGCUGUUUUACAUUGUCAAACUGCUUCACAUUACAUUAACUUCACUACUAUCACAAAAUUGCAUGUGAGUAUAGUAAAAAUAAUUAAUUUCUUUGGGUAAAAGUUGUGUUGACAAUUUAAAUAAAUAAUAUUGUGUUAUAAGUAAUUAUAUUAAAUAUUCUUUUCUUAUCAUUAUAAUAUUAUAGUGUUUAACUUUAAUAAUAUUUUUUUGUAGGCUAAAAUCAAUAACCGAAAACGCAAAAUGAAAGAAAAUGAAAAUACUGAUGCAAAGAUUGUGGAAUCUGAUGGUGAGCAAAUUGCAAAGCGUGCUCGUACAGAUGACACUGCUGAAGACGUAACUAAUGAAAAUGGCACUGCUGAGCCAGCAACAAUAGCCACAGACGAUGACGUGCAAGAAAUUAUUGUUGAUGUACCCAUUAUUGAGAUCAAAGACAAUAAUGAUGGCCAAAUAAAAGUAGAUCCUCCUGCUGUUGCUGUGCCAGAAACUUUGAAAGAACCUUCUGCUCCUGCUCCGGUUAUCAAAAAUUCUCCAAUACAACGAGGCAGAGGUAGUGGUCGUGGCCGUGGUGUUUCUAGAAGGGGUAGAUCGAGCCGUUAAAAUAAUAAGUUCUAAUUAAGAAUUUAAAAAAAAAAAAAAAAACUUAAAAAAGCAUAUACAACAUCUUUACUAUAUUGAAUAUCCAAUACUGUAUUGUACAAUUUUUUACACAAAUAUUUGUUUGUAAAUAUGCAUUAUUCAUGUGUAUUCAAAAAAUAUCAUUAGAUGUAUUUUAAUCAUUUUAAUUGCGUAUAAUGUGGUUCUAUUAAGUAAGUCCUGCAAUCUUGACCUAAACAAUUUUACUCCACAUAUUAAUGUAUAACAUUCAAUUUAUUUAUUAAUGAAUUAUAAUUCAUUUAUCUAAAUAAUAAGUAUAAUAAUACAAUAUCAGAAUCUAUACCAUUAUGAUUUUCUAGAAUAUUUUAUUUUACAUAUUUAUAUAUAAAUUAUAAUAAUAGACUAAUUUAUUAAAUAGUAUGAAUUUUUUAACACUUGAACAUAUUACGAAUACAUAAAACUAGGUAUAAUAUUACAAUAUUAAAUAUCUCUUAAUUUAUAUGAUACAAUAUAUAUUAAAUAUUUUAUUUUAAACAAAAACUCGAUUUUUAAAAAUAUAAUUUAAUAUAUUAUAAUCUAGUUAUUAGUUUAGUAUUAUAAUUUAGAAAGUUUUGCAUUUAUAUAAUAUUCAUUAUAUAUACAUAAAUAUAACAUACAAUAUAUAUAUAUAUAUAUAGAGAUAGAUUUAAAAAAAAAAAAAUAGUGUUGAUCACAUCUUCCUCCAAAAAUGUAAUUUAUAAACGUUUAUUUUGUAUUUUUUAACCUAUAUAUUAUUAUAAAAAUUUGCAUGUAUUCAAUUUUACUGGUAAAAUGAUUAACUGGUGUACUUAACGUGUUUACGUGAUUCAAUAAUGACUUUAUGUACGAUAUUAUUACUUUUUACCUAUUCAUCAUACUCUUAUAAUAAUAAUUACAUUUGUAAUAUUACUCGCUAAAGUAUUUGCCAAUUAUAUUAUUGUUCUUAAGCAAAAAAUGUACUUUUUUAUACCGCAUAAUAUAUAUUAUUAUAUUUAUAUACAGUGAAUAAUAAACCAUACUAAUAUCUUACACAUCUAAAUUACUUUUUUUUUAAUCACCAUUUGUCUAGAAAUAUUGAUGAGUUUUUUUGGUUUUAAUUUAGAACUUAGAUUAAAUUGAAUACAUUUUUGUAUGCAAUAUUUAUAUGUAAUCUAGUUUUAUCAUUUUUAAGUCAUUAAUGUAACAAUUUCGUCAAAAAACAUUAUUAUAAUUGUAUUCUUUAAGUAUUUUUAACUAAAUUUGAAUUCAUC